AUGGCCAGCCUGAUAAGAACUGCCGCCACAGCGCUGGCUUUUGCCGGCAUGGUUAGCGCUCAGAGUUCUUCGGUCAUUAGUGUCUUCCUCCCAGAUACUGAUCAGCAAACGCUUGUGGGCUCUCUCGUGGCAUCUGAUGCUACCAAAACGACCGUGGCAUUCGGCUGUCCUGCGGGCGAGGACUCCUCUGAUUGUGGCUUUGGACUCGGUCAGGUCACGGCAACCUUCGGGUCGUCAACGCUCAUAUACACGCAGACACUCGACUUGCUCACUCUUGGACUCGACUGCGCCGUGACGGGGACGACAGCCGCUGUAUGUGCUCAGACGUACAUUGGGCCAGCAGGGUACCUCGAAAGCGAUACAGCAACGGACGACUCGCUAACAGCAACCGAUGCAUCCUUCAACACUCAACUCACCACGUCUGUGUCUACUACAGCACUUUCUGCAUCUGACAUAGCUUUCAUCCCGAUCACACUCACAGCUUUUCCCAGUAAUGGCGCCAGCAGCACAAGCGCAGGAACCGGGGCAAGUGAGGGUGCCUCCGCAACGACAAGCACAUCGAGCGCCAGUGCCACAUCCAGUGGAGGCAAUGCUACUUCCACAACCCAGAACGACGAUGCCGUUAAAAUGGGGGGCCAGCAGUUGCGAUGGAUCGCGUCGGGUGCCGGGGUUCUCGCGCUAGUGGCCAUAUUGCUGUAA